AGCAUGGGUGAAUGCUUCAGAGUGAAAGUUAUGGCCAGAAGUACCUAUGAGACUUCAAGCUCUGCACCCAGUGCCUGGGUUUAAACACUCUGCAUUCAAGCAUGGGGCUCUGAUGGGUAAGAAGCAGUGUACAUCCUUGGGAAUGCAGCCUUAAUUCUGUGUCCUAUCCUGAAGUGCCAGCCAUCAAUGAAGCUAUGGGGGUCUCAGGGACCAAGAAGAUAAAGGACAGCAGCAGUCGAAAGCAAAAGAGCAAGUUGGAGAAGGGGCAGAGGAUGCUGAAGGCAACUCAGGUGAAGGAGCAACCAGAAGAAAUACCAUGCAUGGGGCAGACUGCUGUGCUAAAAGGGAAGAAGAAAGUCAAGGAGAAGCCACUGCAGGAGAACACCAUCAGUAGAAGCUCUCUAAGGCAUGAGGUUGCAGAAGAGAAAUACCUCAGCUCAAGCUGGCAGGAUGGGAUUCAAGUGAAGGAGGAGGCUGCAUCCUUGUUGGAGGAAACUGAUUCCAUCCUCCACCAAGGGUCAUCAGAGGGACUGAAGGAUUCCUCCAGGUCAAAGAGUAAAUCCCAGAGAGAGGGACCUGCAGUGGGACAGCAGCUCUCAGAGACAGAGGACAAAGUUGGGCUCCUCGAGCCAAGUAGAGGUGAUAAUGGUGUGGCUGCACUCCUCUCUGGAGAACCUGGGGCAUCAGGGUUGGCUGUGGAGGUCACUACUUUGAGGGAGAGUGUGGAGAAAGUACUAGACCCCCAUGUCCCAGUGCAGAAAGGGGAUGCCAGGGGCAUGAAAAGAAAAAAAGAAACAGAGAAGAAGCAAGAGCCAAAGAAGCAGAAGGAGAAUUUGUUCAGAAAAAGAGGGAUCAAAAAGGAUAAGUUAGAGGAAAGCCUUGGGAAUGUGAUGGAGGACAUCGGGGAGGAAGAUGGUGCUGAUGGGGACAGGAAUUGUGGAGUCAGACAGGGUAAAGCCAAGCAAAGGAGCAGCAGCACAUGGAGAAGGGCUGAUGAGAGGGAAAAGCAGAAGAGGAGAGGGGAGAAGCGCAAGAAGGUAAAAGAAAGGAAAGUGAAGAUGAGAAAGGACUAA